UACAUUCAGUAGGCAAGGCAACAUCGGGCCAGCGGGGCUGAAGUGUAAAAGAAUACCAUGAAACACACCCUAUAAUGUUUGUGUUUUUGAAAAUUUCGUGAUACAGUGAUACACAUUUUUCGUUCGGAAAAGCAUGUAGCCUCAAGAUGUGGACUACGACGAAAACAACUAAAUAUGGCGUCGCCGUCUACAAUUGGAAAGGCGACACGCGCUAUGGCCUGCCGCUUGAGAUUGGCGAAACAGUUCAAAUCCUAGAAGAAUGUGCAGGUUGGUUUCGAGGCUUUUCAACGAAGAAUCGAGCUGUAAAGGGCAUAUUUCCAAGCUCUUAUAUCCACUUGAAACCUUGCAAAAUUGACAAUGAGGGUCUCUACGAAUCAGUUAUACCCCUUGAAGACCCUGUUGUACGAGAGGUCACUCUUGUUCUCAGAGAAUGGGGUGGAAUUUGGAAAAGACUUUAUGUGGAAAGAGAAAUUUACAAAUUUAGUACGCUAAAGAAAGUUAUGCAAGAUUUACUGGAAUGGAGAAGACAACUUUUAGCUGGAACACUAACGACGGAUCAAACGCGUGAAUUAAAAUUGCAAAUAAUAAAUAAGGUGGAUUGGGGAAAUCGAAAAUUGGGGCUAGAUUUGGUGCCAAGACAAGGUGCUCAUAUGGUGGAUCCAGAUGUCAUGUCAGUGGUGGAACUUUAUCACGUGCAUGUUCAAAGUGCCGAAAAUUCGCAAGGUUCUUCGGCGAUUGGUACGCUAAAACGCAAGGUGCAAAAAAAAGUUUUAACUCAUCACCUCUAUUUCUGCAUGAGGGAUUUUGGUCACUCGGUUGGCGAGGAUACAGAAAUUUAUUUUUCAUUGUAUGAUGGCCGACGUGGGCAGUAUAUCAGUGAAAGAUUUUUAGUGAAAAUAUCUAAAGAAGGAUUCUCGAAUUAUGUCGAGAAGAUGCACAGCAAUUGCACGAUAUUCACCGACCUGGGAAAUGCCGAUCUCAGUCGCGAUUUGUACAUGGUGGCCCAUGUCAUGCGAUGCGGAAAAAUGCUCUAUUCAGAGUCUGGAAAGAACAAAGCCGGAAGUGCCACCUAUAGAAGACCACAUGGGGUGGCCGUUCUAUCCCUGGCGGAGGCCUCACAAAGUCACACCGAGGAGUCAGAAUUGACAUUUAAGGUUUAUCAGGGAGAUGAAAAGGAAUUUCAUCAAUUACACGAGCAAAUAAUUCGUAACAACAAAUGUUCUCCGCUUCCUGGCCAACCAAAUUAUGGGAUAGUUGUCUCCUUCCGAGUACUUCAUGGUGAAUUAUGCCAAGUGCGCGAGGAGAAUCCCCUGCUUUUCAAGAAUAUCUGCUUAACGAAAAAGCUCGGCUUCUCCGAUGUUAUAAUGCCGGGAGACGUCAGAAAUGACCUCUACCUGAAACUAGAACGGGGCGAGUUUGAACGCGGGGGAAAGUCGACUGGCAAAAACAUCGAGGUGACGGUGCUUGUCUUGGACGCGGAAGGUCAACCCUUGGAAGGUGUCCUAUUUGGGGCAGCAGGAACCGAAGGAAGUUCCGAGUACCAAAGUUUGGUUAUCUAUCAUCACAACAGUCCAACUUGGGCAGAAACAAUGAGACUGGGAAUACCCAUUGACAAGUUUGACGGAAGUCACGUUCGAUUUGAAUUCAGACAUUGUUCGACGCGAGAUAAGAAUGACAAAAAGUUAUUUGCAUUCGCGUUUGUUCGUUUGAUGGAACCUAGUGGUGCUACAUUGCAAGACGGUCAACAUGAGCUUCAUAUAUACAAAUGCGAGGAAAAAAUCAAACUCGAAUCUCUUAGUUACUUGUCUCUGCCUAGUACUGCUCGAGAGCCAAAUUAUCCAGGAAUCCCACCGUUCACGAGGUCUCCGAAGGAAGCGGUCUUUAUCACAACGUUACUUUGUAGUACAAAACUGACGCAGAACGUCGAUAUACAGAGCUUGUUACAGUGGAAAGAUCAUCCUGAAAGGAUUUCGGAUUCUUUGACCAAAGUUUUAAAACUGGAUGGAGAAGAGGUAGUGAAGUUUCUACAAGACAUUCUGGAUGCCCUCUUUUCUAUGUUUCACACUGAAGACGGAAAUUCUACUGCUUAUUCGGGCCUAGUCUUUCAAGUUUUGGUUUCAAUAUUUAGCUUACUUGAAGAUCCCAAGUUUGAACACUUCAAACCGGUGAUGAACGCAUACAUUUCGGGUCAUUUUGCUGCUGCUCUCGUUUAUAAAGGCCUGUUGAGUAGUGUUCAACAUUGCGCUGAUUGGGUGACAGCAUCAGAUCGACAGGAGCCCAUCAUCAAGUGUUUCCGGGCAUUAGAAUACAUUUUCAAAUUUAUCAUUCAAAGUCGAUUACUAUUUGCAAGGGCGACGGCUGGCCAGUUUGAGGACAGUUUUAAAAAGGAUUUAUAUUGCGUAUUUUCCGCACUCAAUAAAAUGCUCACGCUUCCCUAUGAUGUCGUCUUGCAAUCACAAGUUGCACUAUUGUCGUCUAUUUCAACUGUUUUCGAACAACUUGUUGCCGUGCUACCAGUACUCGAAGUUGUCAAAUUAACAUGCACAAUGCUGGACUCGAUUCUUCGAGAACCGCCACCGCAAUUGAUGCAGGCGAAAUUGCUAGCGAUCAAACGUCUCGUGACAUCCGAGCUGUUUGAAGACGACGAGAGCCGAAAUCUUCUGCUUGUGACAAUCUGCAAGCACUUGAGGCUACAUCUAGUGAAGAGGGAGGAAUUGAGAGCAUGCACCGAUAUCCUUGGCGAUAUUCUCAACUUUUUGUACAAGAGAGCUGGCGAUACGAAUAAGGUCAACAAUUGCAUCCACCAUGACAUUGAAACACUCGUUCUCUCUAUUCUGGAGGUGCUGAUACAAACGAUACUGAUUAUUGUCAAUGCCAAUGGUCCCGUUUUAGGAUGUUUGGUCGCUUCCUUGAUCGGUCUGCUACAACUUCUAGACGAGUAUCACUAUUCGCGACUCUGGGAGGAAUUGUCGUUGGGCGGCGAUCGAAAGUGUCUGAAGGAGUUUCUUCUCCGCGGUUUCCUGGUUCUCCGGGAUUUAGUCAAGCGGGCGAUUUUCCCGGAAGACUGGGUUGUCAUCAAAAUGCAAGCGAACAAUGUAAUUUUAAAGUCUCUUAAAGAGCUUGCACAGCCACUGGCAUUCCGAUUUCUACAGAAUAACUUUGAUUUUCAAUUGUGGUCGACAUACUUUAAUUUGGCUGUUGCUUAUCUCACGCAACCGUCAUUGCAACUCGAGCAGUUCUCCGAGGUGAAGCGAGAGAAGAUUGUCGAGAAAUAUGGAGACAUGAGGGUACUUAUGGGUUUUCAAAUAUUGUCUAUGUGGUCACGAUUGGGCGAGCGGAAGUUGGAAUUUAUUCCUGGUAUGGUGGGUCCAUUUUUGGAAGUAACUUUGGUCCCGGAGAGUGAACUUCGGAAAGCGACUCUGCACAUUUUCUUCGAUAUGAUGGAGUGUGAACAGCAGGCUCGAGGCAGUUUCAAGUCUGUCGAGUCGGAAUUGAUAGACAAAUUAGACAUUUUAAUUAGUGAAAAUAAAGGCGAUGACGAGUACAGACAGCUUUUCAAUACCAUAUUAUUAAAUAGAGUACAAACAGAAGAUCCAACUUGGAAGGACAGUGGAACUGCGUUUAUUACGUCAGUUACGCGAUUAUUGGAGAGGCUUCUUGACUACAGAAGUGUUAUCCAAGGUGACGAGAAUCGAGACAAACGCAUGUCCUGCACCGUCAACUUAUUGAAUUUUUACAAGAACGAGUUCAAUCGAAAAGAGAUGUACUUGCGUUAUAUUUAUAAACUUCACGAUCUACACUUAGCUGCUGAAAAUUAUACUGAGGCUGGAUUCACGAUGAAAUUAUAUGCUGAUCAGUUGGGCUGGGGAUCCAAUGUUCUGAUUGCAGCGCACAAUCAUCAGCAGGAACCAGAGUGGCAGCGAAAAGAGUUGCUCUACCAUCAAAUCAUUCAUUAUUUUGAUCGUGGUAAAUGCUGGGAAAAGGGUAUACCCCUUUGCAAGGAAUUGGCUGUUUUAUACGAGACUGGAUUGUACGAUUACGCGAAAUUGAGUCAGAUACUGAAAACGCAAGCCAAAUUUUUGGAUAAUAUACUUACGCAACUGCGUCCGGAACCUGAAUAUUUUAGAGUUGGCUUCUAUGGAUUGAGUUUUCCUCUUUUUGUGCGGAACAAAUUAUUCAUUUAUCGUGGGUUAGAGUACGAAAGGAUAGGUGCUUUUACACAGAGACUUCAAACUGAAUUUCCAAGCGCACAAAUUUUGACGAAAAACGCGCCACCUGACGAGAGUAUCCUGACAUCAGAAGGACAAUAUAUACAAAUUUGCAACGUGAAGCCAAUACCUGAAGAAGGAAGCCUGGGCUCGGGCGCGAUAGAUGUUCCUGACCGCGUAAUUGCUUUCUAUCUUGUCAACGAUGUACGACGAUUUACAUUUGAUCGACCAAUGCAUCGAGGGCAAGUUGAUCGCGAGAAUGAAUUUAAAUCCCUCUGGAUUGAACGCACAACGCUGAUAACAGAAGCUAAAUUACCCGGCAUUCUCCGAUGGUUUGAAGUGAUAGACAAGCAUUCCGAACUUUUGGCGCCAGUCCAAUUCGCAUGCGAAACUAUGCAGAGUGUGGAAAGAGAACUGAGAAGAUUAAUCGCACAGUACACGGCAGAGCCAAAUAGAAACAUCAAUCCAUUUAGCAUGCGUCUGCAGGGAAUUAUUGACGCUAAUGUACAGGGCGGAAUAACAAAAUACCAGGAAGCAUUCCUGACUGCAGAGUUUGCGCGACAAAAUCCCGAUAUGGUGCCACAUGUUAAUCGCUUGAAAAAUUUGAUUCUUGAUCAGAUGAGCGUUUUGGAAUCAGGUUUGCAUCUUCAUGGGAAAAUCGCCCCGGCAGGCUUACAGUCUUUGCAUAAAAGGUUGAUUGAAAGAUUUGAUCAGCUGAAAUUAGGGUUAGGACCUCUGACUAAACAGCGCUUAGUCCAUCAAGAUAGCAUUAUAAAUUCUCCUCUACCUCCACUUCCGAUCAGUGAAAAAUAUCGUCCAAUCACCCUGGAAACUGCUGGGUGUCGAACGUCGUCACAAACGGAUAGCGACGGAAUGCCGGAGGAUGAAGGAUUUUACACCAAAGUUGAUGGUGGUCCACCGCCAAUUCCUCAAAGGGAAGGUCGACCACGAUCUGUUGGUUACGGCACAACUCCGCAAAGACCGACACAUCAGAGAACACUCAGCAAACCGUUGAGCCCGAAGCUUCCACUGAGACAUUCUUUACCUACUCCGACCGAUGGCGGCGAUCAGACCAAUGUCAGGACUUCUUGGACUGAGUCGGGAUCUGAAGCGGCGCCGCCACUACCACCAAGAGGUUGCACUCCAGAUAAAAGAGAGUCGAAUGCAAGCUCAAUUGGACCACCAGCACCACCAAAAAGAACAAUCCAAAAACGAAGCACUGAGUCUUACGAGGACGAUGGCGACCAACAAUGUGAACCAAACGACUUACGCGAUAGCGGUAUUUCCACUGCCAGUCUUAUGGACUUUCAGUCACAUUUUACAUAUUUAAACAACCUAAGUUAUGAAGACUUCGAGCCGAGGCCGAGGGGCACUGAGAUAAUGAACAUUUCACCGCCUUCUGUGAUAAACGCUUUAAAUGCUUCUACGGGUAGUAAUUUCUCCAGCGGUACAUUCCAUGGAUCCCAAGUACUUCCUGAUAAAGAGGUCAGUCCUCCGCCAAUACCUCCCAAAGCAAAUCAAGACGCGCCCUCUGUACCCACGACUCUGGAAAGGAUUUCCGGUCGAAUAUCAGGUCACGUUGAAAAUUAUUCGGUGCCGAAAUUACAAACGCUCUCUGUAGCAUCCGAUACAGAGAGCACCGUGUAGCAAUAUUAUAUAAUAACUUCCUAGUCUUAGUGGUUAGUCGUUGUGCGUGAACGCAUUAAACAUUGAAUCUCGUUUGAUUGCGAUUUUUAUAGUCAAUUAGUACAACGCGUCGACAACGAGAAAAAGUUUUAUCAAGAUAAAUGUGGUGCGAAGGGGGAAAGAGACUUGCAGCAGCCAAAGCGCAAUCAAAUUAGUUUUGAUGAAUAUAAAGUAUAUAAUAUACAAUAAGUCGAAGAAGCUCGCAUCCUACGAAAACAUAAAUAAUUGUGAGUAUAAGCAUUGUGUAAUAAUCUGGCAAAUGAAAAAAAAAGAAGUCUUCUAAAUCGUAGGACAUAUGUGAUUAAAUAUGUUAUGGAUAACAAACAAGGAUUAUAUGUCCCUACCUGCAUUACGUGUAUGUCGAUCGUACCUUCGUGGACUCUCUCCGUUUCAAUGCUGGACGUUGAACUCGUUUUAAUCACAGUUUACGCGUUGAAAUGGAUGUACGUUGAGUUUACUUGAAUGACGACGCUCUUCCGAGUAUUAAUCUAACUAUACAUAUUUUGUAAUUUAUUUAUAUUUUCGAAUAAUAAGAAUAAAAGUCAUUUUUAUCAACGACGUGUACACGAAAACUUGGCGCCAAUGAGGAUUUAGAGGAUAGGAGGAAAUGCAUGCACAAUAUGUCUGUUGGGUAGCUACGACAGCGCCACCAAUUUGGAACUAUGGGUGAGUUUUGAGACUAUUCUGUGAAAAUUUCAAUUUAAUUAAUGAAAAAUAUCUCUUUUUCUAUACAAGUUAGUAAUAAAAGUUUAUAGUUAUUUUUUUUUUAAUAAAGUAAAAGAGUAAGUCAUUCAGUUUGAUGAGAAAAAAUUUAAUAUUUUUAUUACUGGUCACUUUUUCUUUGCGUAGUUCUGAAUUUUACAAAUAUAAGAUUGUUUUCUGUGCUAAGAAAAUUCAAAGUACGUGUGUUAAUAACAUUCUAUACUUUUUUACGAAAUAGUAGAAUUUUUUAGCUAUCAAAGAUCAAUUUUCGACCAGAAAUGAAAGUUGAAUGUUCAACAAAAUACAUCAAUUUCCAACUAAAUAUUUUAAGUUAUAAUUAGAAAAGGUUAAUUUUAGAAAAGGUUUCUGCAAAAAGAACAACGAAUUUUCAACAACAUUGUUAAAUUUUUAACAGGAACAAGAAAAUUAACCAAAAAUGAAAUAGUGACUUUUCUGGAUAAAAAAAAUUAAUUUUC